AUGCGCCAAACUCUUUUCGUUCUGACCGCAAUGGCAAUGGACGUGGUCAAACAGCUGAGACGAUUGGCUUUGCUCCAAGCUGCAGGAAAGCAGGUGGAUUUCACACCUAGUAUCGAUUUGGCCAGGAAACUGCGUAAUGAGUUGAACGAUCGCUUCCUUAUUGUUCGAUCUGAGAAGGAAAAUGAGAACAAGUAUUGUGUGGCCGAUCUCGUUCACACGGUAAGAAUUCUCGAGAGAGACAAUCGCACUUUAUAUGAGAACGUGAAAACUUGGCAGAAGGAGUACGAGGCUCUGGAGAAGCAACAUGCAGAAAAUCCUGAAAUUGCGGAACGGAUUGCCAGUCAACUUCGCAACAUUCACUCUGUGAUGGGCGAAUUCAGACGAACGUGCGGUCAGCUAAAGGAACCAUCCAACGGUGGCAAACACAAGAAGGGAUGCCCCGACUCAGUGACAAAUUCCACUUGCCUCAAGUGGCUGCCACAAGUUUCUUCCGUUAUUCGUUUAGUUUAUUCGUCUCUCGGCUUUCUAUGUAACAAUACUGGUAUCACUUUACUCAUUCCCUUCUUCACUUUGUGUUUAAUGUUCUGUGCAAUUAUUCGUCAUUGA